CAUCAAAUGAAGGCCAACGAAGGUUUCUUUUGCGUUGCGAGUGGAUAACGGGAGCUAAACUGGUCCAUUUAAUCUCGAACGUGUCUGUCUUGUGUUGUCUAGCCCUACAUGGCCAGUAAACGCUUUUGAGCUCUAAGACUUGUUCCUAUUCACAAUUGGAAGAGAAAUCUCCGUGGACGACAAGAUGACGAAUGUAGCUACAGUGGUGAAGAGUGUGGGCCCAAAGUUGGUUCCCUUCUUCAAGACUGUGGCCAUCUAUUUUGUUGUAUUCAUCCCUGACAGUAGUCCAUCUUUGUAUGCAGUGAUACUGAAAUGCAUGCCAAUCAUUUCCUUGAUCUUUUUCAUCCUCCUCCAUGGAAUGAACUUAGGAGAAGAGUAUGCCUAUUCUCGACGAAUCUUGGGAGGGCUGAUGUUCUCCUGUAUUGGUGAUGCUCUUCUUGUUUACCCACAAUACUUUAUCCAAGGCAUGGUUGCUUUUGCAGCUGCUCAUGUUUGCUACACUUCAGCAUUUGGAUUUAAACCCUUCAAUCUCUCAGCUCUCAUUGUGGUCUCCAUCUAUGCUGCAAUAUACUUGGGUCUGAUCUUCCCCUAUAUUUAUGGGCCAUUCAAAUUCAUGUUCCCCACCUAUGCAUUCUUGCUUGGUGGAACAGUUUGGCGAGGAAUCUCCAGGGUUCAGUUCUUUGAGGAACUCUGGACUUGGACAAAACUGAGUUCAUGUGCUGGAAGCAUCCUUUUUCUGCUCUCAGAUUCACUCAUUGGCAUUAACGAUUUUGUAUUUCCUGUACCAUAUCAUCAGGCAUUGAUCAUGACUACAUACUAUGCAGCCCAGUUGGGGAUCUCUCUCUCUGUUGUUGACAGUAGAGCUUCUGUUGUGGACUGCAAGCUGUUGAAGGGCCAAAGUCACCCUGUGAAGCACAGUUUGCUAGAGGCUCAGUAGAAUGUACAAGGAGAUCUGUAUGUGGUACAAUGUCACAGUGUUUCGUUUUGUGAUCCCACAUCUGUGAUGCUUUCCAAUAUCUUCCUUGCAGUGUACACAGAAGCAAAAAAUGGCUGAAUUAUCAGUGUGCUCCAUAUUUCAUUGAAUGAGUCAAAUAUGCAUGGUGUAAACAAAAUUUUGAUUUUGUAACUAUGAGCUCAUGCUUGGUCGACCAAAGAAGCUCACUUUGAAAUAAUUAUAAUACUAGGUUGUAACGAAAGUUUUUGUGCAUAAAUACAAAAUAAAUUUUGUAUAUAUGCACAAAAACUUUUGUUGCAACCUAGUAGUAUGACUUCGGUUCCCUGUUGAGCAAGGUGAAAUAAUUUUCAAAACUGUGAUUUUGAAACUUCAGGGUCGUGAGUUGCUAACCAGACAUCCAGGGUUGCCAUGCAGCCCAGAGAGGUUGUACAAAUACAUCUAGGAUACUCAACAUGAUGAAUGCAAGGUAGCACCUAUUGCUCAUUUUAUUUCCAAUACAAUUAGGCCUGGAAUGCAUUAGUUAGGGCAAAAAAAAAUUCAGAAUAUCACUUACCCAUAGU